GACACCAAUUGUCUUUUCUACGUUGAAUGAGUGACAACAAAAUUUUGCAUCUAGUUUUAUUUAAGUGUAUUCACCCUCAGAACUAUACUAAAAAUCUUGAAUAUGUGGAAGAAUGGAAUUAUUGGAAUGCUUUUGUUGAUAACUACAACUCGAACGUUUGGCAGUUGGACAUUUGAGAAGCUACCGACCAGCUUAUCUUCAAAUCAAUCUGCCGAAUAUGUAUUUCAGUAUGUGUCGUAUUCUCUUGAAGAAUGCGCUGCAAUUUGUGCACAAUAUUAUUCCUGCAAGUCUAUGUAUCUGCAUCAAGAUUUAUGUUUCGGCCUGUCAUCAUGGUCAACAGAUUCAUCCAAUCAUGGACUGGUCAAUACUUACACAAAGCGAACACAAGCUUGUUCAAAAACUAACUUCCUGGUGUUCAAUGAUUUAUGCUUAAUGAUAAGUGAGAUUAAACUGGCAUGGUAUGACGCCCAGCGAUACUGUGAGAACAAAGGAGGACAUUUAAUAGUGUUAGACACUGAAACUAAGCAUAAUAGUUGUCUCGAUUUCAUCUGUAAUUUCUAUGAUGAUAAAGAGACCAAUUUUUUUGUCGGUGCUUCUGAUUUGGAAACUGAGGGGAUGUGGAAAUGGAUCAUACCAAACUCAAUGAACUACUUCAAAUUUAAGACUCCAAGUCAACCAAACAAUUAUGACCAUGAUUUUCCGUCUUUUUCGGCAAAUUGUGGAACACUUGUCAGUAACACAGGAGUCUUGUAUGAUGAAUAUUGUAGCCAGACAAAAAAGUUCAUAUGUGAAAUUUAAACUUAAAAAAAAAUUGCGUUUUUA